AAUCGGUGCCUGUGUUCCGCCUCAAUCCAAUUCAUCUUAGUUGCUUAUUCUUCCCUUUCACUCUAAAAAGGGUAUUGAUUUUUCUUAAUUUUUCAGAAGAUUGUUAACUGCAAUUGUAAAUUUCUGUUUGCAGCGACCAGCAAAAGAACGUUGCUUCUGCUGUUGAGCCCAAUCGUUCCAGUUCGUCAUAAUUACAGUCGUUUUCCCAACCGCUUGAAGUUUAGUUUUGAUAUGCAAAGUUGGAAGUGGUCGACAGAGAUGAUUCUCGGAUCGAUUGCUUGGAAGCGAUCCAUAUCUAGUUUGCCUCACCUCUGUGAGAGAAUUAAACAAACAGAGAAUGAGAUAGUUCAAAUGUUCCAGUUGCCUGGUCCGAGAAAUGGGGUGCAGAACUUUCCCGUGAAUGGGAAGCCACCAAGGAAGAACCUUUCAGUUCGGACAUUGGAUGAGAGAUUUAUAAGGAUUUUGAAGAUAUUCAAGUGGGGGCCUGAUGCAGAGAAGGCAUUGGAAGUCCUAAAGCUGAAGGUGGAUCAUCGGUUAGUUCGUGAAGUUUUGAAGAUAGAUGUAGAGAUUAAUGUUAAAAUCCAGUUCUUCAAGUGGGCUGGGAAGAGAAGGAAUUUUCAGCACGACUCCACAACCUUUAUGCCUUUAAUCCAUUGCUUGCAUGAGGCUGGACUGGUUGGUGAGAUGUGGAAGACAAUCCAAGAAAUGGUUAGGAGUCCUUGUGCUAUUACUCCAGUUGAAUUGUCUGAAAUUGUGAAGUUAUUGGGUAGGGCUAAGAUGGUGAACAAGGCACUGUUCAUCUUUUAUCAGAUCAAAGGUCGCAAGUGCAAGCCAACAGCAAGCACUUAUAACUCUAUGAUCUUGAUGUUGAUGCAAGAAGGUCACUAUGAGAAAGUCCAUGAGCUCUACAAUGAGAUGUGCAAUGAGGGUAAUUGUUUUCCAGACACAGUUACAUACAAUGCACUCAUAUCAUCCUUUGAGAAGUUGGGCCGUGAUGAUUCUGCAACUAGGUUGUUCGAUGAGAUGAUGGAGAAUGGCUUGCAGCCUACAGCAAAGAUUUAUACAACACUAAUAGGAAUUUAUUUCAAGUUGGGUAAGGUUGGCAAAGCUUUGGGUCUAUUUCAUGAGAUGAAAGUUAAAGGUUGCAUUCCAACUGUAUUUACUUACACUGAAUUGAUAAAGGGGCUUGGAAAAGCUGGGCAGGUACAAGAUGCUUACACCAUGUUCAUGAAUAUGUUAAAAGAGGGUGUAAAGCCUGAUGUUGUGCUCAUCAACAAUCUGUUAAACAUUUUGGGAAAAGCAGGCAGAUUGGAUGAUGCUUUUAAGCAUUUCAAUGAAAUGAAGUCUUGGCAGUGUGAACCAAAUGUUGUGACUUACAAUACUCUAAUCAAAGCUUUAUUUGAAUGCAAAGCUCCAGCUUCUGAGGCACCUUUGUUAUUUGAGAAGAUGAAGACCCAGGGUAUUGUUCCCAGCUCAUUUACUUAUUCAAUUCUUAUUGAUGGUUUCUGCAAGACCAAUAGAGUUGAAAAGGCCUUGUUCCUAUUUGAAGAGAUGGAUGAAAAGGGCUUUCCUCCUUGUCCUGCUGCAUAUUGUAGUCUGAUCAAUAGUCUUGGAAAAGCAAAACGAUAUGAAGCUGCUAGUGAGUUAUUUCAGGAACUGAAAGAGAAUUGUGGACGUUCAAGUGCCCGGGUAUAUGCAGUUAUGAUCAAACACUAUGGGAAGUGUGGCCGUCUUAGUGAUGCUAUGGACCUUUUUAACGAGAUGAAGAAACUGGGUUGUAAUCCAGAUGUUUAUGCUUAUAAUGCACUCAUGUGUGGAAUGGUAAGGGCUGGCAUGAUAGAUGAUGCUUAUUCCCUCCUCAGAACCAUGGAAGAAAAUGGCUGUGCUCCAGACUUAAAUUCACAUAAUAUUAUUCUGAAUGGCUUAGCUAGGACAGGUGGCCCAAAUUGGGCUAUUGAAAUGCUUGCUAAGAUGAAGAAUUCUAGAAUUAAGCCAGAUGCUGUGUCUUACAAUACUGUUCUUGGCUGUCUUAGCCGAGCUGGUAUGUUUGAGGAGGCUGCAAUGCUUAUGAAAGAGAUGAAAGAAAAAGGUCUUGAGUAUGAUCUUAUUACUUACUCAUCAAUACUUGAGGCAGUUGGCAAGAUUGAUGAAGAUCAUCAUAAUCUUACCUCUCUUUGACAUGGUUCUGGAUUUUCUGAGCAUGAUGUCAUUCUUCUUAGCUAUUCUUUUCUGAACAGCUAUUUGACCUUGGCAAAUAGUUUGGGAUUUGCUGAUCUAUCUUAUGUACUUCAAUAACCAGUCUGCAGAAGGGAGUCAUGGGACCAUGCAUCUGAAGGUGUAAUUAUGGUUGGGGCAUCUGAUGGUCUGAUUAUGGUUGGGAAUUCAAAAUAGGCAACCAGAACCCAUUGUGAGAGCAGAGGUUCUGCUAAACUACUGAAGUGGAGAAGGUGAAUUGUUGCAAGAAAGUUCAAGACCUAAUUUAUCUACUGGAAUCCCUCCAAAGAUCUCAUCAUAUCUUGUGAUGGCAGGGUGGCUUUCUGGCCCAGUAUUCAUUGCUUUCGGGAAUUAGUUCUUAGUUGCUGAGAUUAGAUAAUCAAAUAGUGAGGGUUCUGCAGGAGCCUCAAUAGCUCAGACUUAGGCACUGGCUGGCACUAGACACUCGACAUUUUGUGCUUCAAUUAUGAAAAGUUACUAUAGAAAUCUAGGAAAACAUUGACACCAUUGCUUUUGUUACAAGUGGUAGAGAAAAAGGGGGAAGUGAUGGGAGUGGGGGCCGCGAGGGGGAAAGUUGAUUUAAAUUAGUUGCCCAUGAAUGCUCAAAGCAAAUAGAUGCAAAGUAGAAUUAUAUGAAAAUGAUAAUCAUUCUUCCAAGUUACCCAUAGGCAUUUCAUUUCACUUCUUGCAUUCUUAAUGUUUUUUGUCCUAAAAAAAGAAUGUAAUAACUGAUUAAUUAAAUU